AUGUCUGAAGAAAGAGAAUACAAACCUGUCACUGUUGAAAAACCUAUCCCAGUCACUUAUGACCUUGGUAACUUAACUGUUUUUGAUUCAAAUGCUUUAGAUAGUCAACAACUAUCAACCAACAAUCCUGACCGUGAAGAAUACAUCAAAUCAAUUUCUAGAGAUAAUGCACAACUUUUGAUAAAUCAAAUACUUUCAUUACCAAUGAAGACCACAACUGAAAGUGCUGGAUCAAAUGGUCAAUCAUCAAGUAUAACUUUAGUUCAAUUACCACAACCAACCACAGAAUUACCAAGAGAAAAACCAAUUCCUAAGGCUAAAGAGCCAACCAAAUGGGAACAAUUUGCUGCUAGAAAAGGUAUUCAAGCCAAAGAAAAAUCCGGUAAGAUGGUUUACGAUGAAGCUACUGGUGAAUGGGUUCCAAAAUGGGGUUACAAAGGUAAAAACAAAGAUCUUGACAACCAAUGGUUGGUUGAAGUGGAUGAUAAAGUCAAAGGCACUGCAGAUGAAUUGAUUGAUCCAAGAACCUUGAGUAGAGCUGAAAGAAAGCAAUUAGUUAAAAAGAAUGAACUUCAACAGAAACGUAACUUGAAAAACAAUGAUUAAGGGGUUUUUAUUUCACGGAAAUUGGAAAAUUUUGUAUAUUAUGAUUUUAUUUUGCAUUACAGUUUAAUAUUAAGGGUUUUGUUUCAUCUAUUAGUUUGUCCGUUUGAUUGUGUAGAUUUGAGCUUGAAACAGAAGCAAAACACAUUCGCGAAGGUAUGAUCGUCAAAAUUUUGUUCCUGGCUCGAAAAUUGGAGAUACACCAAAAUACAGUUAUUUAGUACACUUGUGGGCUUCGAACUUGACUAUCUAUUGAAUCCAAUUGAGUCGUCUGUGGAUUGUGAAACGAAUUUGAUUUCUAGAAAUAUUAGUGGUAGAAAUAA